AUGAAAUGUGUUGAAGUAGCAAGGGAAGGAAGAGUAGGAGGAGGCCCUGACUUGGGACCCGAUCAGCCAAACCUGACCUCUACUGUGCCCUUCAGUUCCAGGUUGAACCCACGUGAACUUUCCGAGUGCCCUCUGGAACCUGUGUUUUCCAGCCAUGCCAAAGACAAGCUGGACCCGAAUAGCAGAGGAUGUAGUCUCAGCAUCUGCCACUCUGGGGGGAUUUUCCCCUGGAUGAAGUCAAGGAAAAUUGGCUCUAAACAGUCAACUUCAGCCAAGGACGGUAGGCCAUCUAGUGCUGCAGGCGGAGGAGAGAGGCGAGAGAGGACAUCCUUUACCAACAACCAACUGCUGGAACUGGAGAAGGAGUUCCACUUCAGCCCCUACCUGCGACGCCACUGGAGACAAGAGAUGGCAGCCAGGCUGCAGCUCACCGAUCGUCAGGUCAAAAUCUGGUUUCAGAACCGCAGGAUGAAGCUUAAGAAGGAGCAAAAGUAUGGCAGGGUGACAGGUUUGUCCCAGGACUCCCUUUGCGAGCUGCACGUGGGGCUCCCAGUAGCAUGUGCUGUCAGAACUUCCUUCUGCUCUUCCUUGGAAUCGCACCCCAUGGAUCACGCAAUGCUCUCUCUGUUUGACCCUGCAGACAUGUCCUAUCUAAACUGCAUGCUUCCAGCUGUUGCGAAUGGUCCACCUCCCUCAUACACAACUGCAGAAGGUCAUCAGAAAGUCAGCAUUUCAAACUGGCUCUGAGGCCCUAUAAAGGCUCUCCCUUCUGUCCUUAAACAUAUUUCUUCUGCUGUUCACCUUCAGCUGCUUAUGAAAGACUGGAGCGAUGUGUGAACAGCAUCCCAGGAAUGCCAUCUACUUACCGCAUCCAUUCACUGAAACAUAAAAUGAAACAUUUUAAUUAGACUAUAUGAGCACAUAUUAAUUAAAAGAGAGCAGUGCAAUAUUCUUUGUGUUUAUAGGCACAGAAAGAAAAGACUGCAUGUCUUUAAAAAUUUUGCAUGGAGGAGGAUUUUUGAACUCGUUAUACACGGCUAUUCACAGCGCAUCCCAAAAGUAUUCAUACCACUUACAUUUUUUUUAUGUACUUGGUUGGGAUUUUACACCAUUAAAGAGCAAUUUGCAGUUGUGUGGCUGAAAGAAAACACCUGGUUUUCAAUCUUUUUUUACAUAAAUUACAAACUCAAUUAAAUCUGAUACUCCAAAAUAAAAUACUCCAAUUUUCAGUCAAAAUUAGCAUAUAUUCAAAGUGAACAAAUGAGUAAUUUCAUUCUGUGAAAGCCUCAGGAGUGCGUUACAGAACAUCAGUGAACAAUGGAGAAUCUCAAAGCAAAUUUAGGUUAUGAAGCAAUAUUCCACGUUUUUGAGGAUUUACAGAGCUCUGUCCAAUCCAUCAUCUCUAGAUGAAAGAGUUCAACCUUCCUGCAAACCAACCAAGACACGACCGUCCACCUAAAUAGUGGACAGCGAGUCUUUAUUUCAGACACAGAAAAAAGUCUGUAGUAAAAAGAUAAAACAAAUGAAGCUAAUAAUAAAAAAAGAUCAAAAUAAACACAUAAUAUUGUUCACCGAGUCACAAAUAAAUUAUGAUGCCAGUGGUUCCACAAUAUUGAGGUAAAUCUGACUGUCCUCAGUGCGGGGUUUACUAAAAUUGCAAUUAUAUUAUUGCAUGACACCAGAUAACCUACGCAUUCCCGAGUACAGCUGGAUAUGUGGGUAUAGCCUCGUGUAUAUGGGUAGCACUACUUCACGUAGGCACUUUAAGUAGUAGCCUCAUACCAACAUUGUAUGCCACAUAAAGUUUCUGAAUGCUGAAACAGAUGGGCAGUAUAUAGUGAAGCACAAAAUCCAUGGCAAGACUUGGAAAUGGUGUUCACAGAUGCUCUCUGGCAGAACUUGAGCUUUGUUACAAAGAUGAAUGAUCAGAAGUUUCAGUCUUUUUUAUAUGCAAAGCUGGUAGAGACAGAACCCCAAAAAUCUGCUGCUGUAAUUGCAGCUAAAGGUGGCUCUGCUAACUAUCGACUCAGAGGAGCCUGAAUACAAGUUAUGUAUUGUUCCAUUUUAGUUCCACUGUACAUAAAUAAAAAAAGUGUGUGGGGUGUAACAUAACAAAAUGUGCAAAAGUUGAACACAAGUGUGAAUACGCUUGGAAGCCCUGAAGUUACAGCAAGGAAAUAUUGUAGAUAUUAACUUUUUUUUUGCACGAAGGACAUUUUGAACAACUAAUACUGUUUCUUUUUUGUGUUAUUUGUGUUGUUUUCCAAGCAAAUUUGUUGUUUGACUAUCACUAGGCGGUAGUAUAUUUUUUCAUAGCUAACUGUUUAUGUGAAGUGGUAAAAUUGUGAAAUGAGGAGAACAUUUGUUCAAGUUUCAUUAAUUUGUUUAUUUUAUACAAGUUGUUAUACAUUCAGUGAGUUUCCCCAUUAUUUUUUGAUGAAUGUUUCCAUACUGAACAUGCUUAAUAAACACAUUUAGGAAAAUUGUAA